AUCGAUAUCACAUCAAAAGAAACAGUAAAGAAGUAAAAUAUUGCUACGAAACAACAAAAUAUUUAACGCUACAGUUAAUUAUCAUAGUUAUUUGGCAAAAGCACAGACGAAAUAUAUAGGAACUCGAAAUCCAAAGGAACUAACAGUCAACCGAGGAGAACCAGCUGCAGUCCAACCGAAUUUCAUCACAACAACACAAUGUUGCUGCGUCUAGCACUUUCCACCGCCCGUCCAGCCGGGAGUCUCAAAAUCCUCACCCAGUCGCCGGCCCAGCUGUUCCGGGCCAAUCCCAAUCUCUCAGCGGUGCGUAGCUAUGCCCGUGGACCUGUCCGCACCCGCGCCCCCGUGGAGCAACAGCAGGUGCGGGCUCCCUCCCUCAAGGAGAAGCUGAUGGGACCGCCGAGUGCCAAUGCCUACUCCAUGGGCAAGGGCGCCGCCGCCGGAGCAGCCGCCGUGGGAUUGGGCGCCCUGUGCUACUACGGCGUGGGUUUGGGCCAACACACCAGCAUCGCCGAUAAUGCCAUUAUGUGGCCCCAGUAUGUGAAAGACCGCAUCCACAGCACCUACGCCUUUUUCGGAAGCUCCUGUGUUAUCACCGCAGCCGCCGCUGCAGCAGUCUUUCGCUCGCACCGCCUCCUGGAGCUGGCCUCUCGUGGCGGCAUCUUGGCGACCAUUGCUUCGCUGGCUCUGGUCAUCGGCAGCGGGGCGGUGGCCCGCUCCAUUGAGUACCAGCCGGGUCUGGGAGCCAAGCAGCUGGCCUGGGCUGUCCACUGUGCCAUCCUGGGCGCCGUAAUUGCACCCAUCUGCUUCAUGGGCGGACCGAUCCUCACGCGCGCCGCUCUUUAUACGGGAGGCAUUGUCGGUGGCUUGUCCACGAUCGCCGUGUGUGCCCCCAGCGACAAGUUCCUCUACAUGGGUGGCCCCCUGGCCAUCGGUCUGGGCGUGGUCUUCGCCUCCUCCCUGGCCUCCAUGUGGCUGCCGCCCACCACGGCGUUGGGCGCGGGUCUGGCCUCCAUGUCCCUGUACGGCGGUCUCGUCCUGUUCAGUGGCUUCCUUCUCUACGACACCCAGCGGAUGGUGCGUCGCGCCGAGAUGCAUCCCCAGUACAGCUACACUCCAUUCGAUCCCAUCAAUGCCUCAAUGUCGAUCUACAUGGAUGUGCUGAACAUAUUCAUCCGCAUCGUCACCAUCCUGAGUGGUGGUCAGCGCAGGAAGUGAGCACUGAGCAGAAACUUGUGAUGCAAGGAUAAUACCUUCUGAUAUAUAUUUAUACUGUUGUUAAAAUAAACCGACCGAGUUGAUAAGCAAAAUCUA